GGACAUGCCAGUCAUCCUGGUGAGCUGAUUGCUCACUUUAAGCCCUAAUGGUCUAUCCCUUCUGGAGAUUGGGCUGAAGCGUCCACUAGCUGACUUCCCUCCUAUUCCUGCUGUGAUUCCCUCCUUCUACUUGGCGCACCAUGGGAGGAUGCUUCUCCAAACCAAAACCAGAACUGCACUGCUCCCAGGCUCAGCCCCGAAGGCACCGCUGUACACUUUCCAUCUGCCCCCCGGAUCCUCAUGUUGAAGUGAAAAUUGAGGUGGUGCUACCAGAGAAAGAGAGGGCCAAGGAAGAGAUGUCACCCAAUGGGAAAGCCAGUCCACUUGUUUACAAAGUCAAUGGGACUGCCCGGCAUUACCACCUUGAAGAACAUCCCAUCACCAUCAACCCCUACCAGAAUGUGAAGGAUGUAGUGGAAGCCUCCGUCUGCCACGUGAAGGACCUUGAGAAUGGACAGAUGCGCGAAGUAGACCUGGGUUGUGGGAAGGCUCUGCUGAUAAAGGAAAAUGGAGACUACUAUGCAAUGGGACACAAAUGCCCUCACUACGGAGCCCCACUGGUGAAAGGGGUUUUAUCCAAAGGAAGAGUGCGCUGUCCCUGGCACGGGGCUUGUUUCAGCAUUGGCACUGGUGAUAUAGAGGACUUCCCUGGCUUGGACAGCUUACCCAAAUUCCAGGUGAAAAUCGAGAAGGAGAAGGUGUACAUCCGAGCGAGCAAACAGGCUCUUCUGAUGCAAAGAAGGACAAAGGUUAUGGCAAAAUGUAUCUCCCUCAGCAACUACAAUAUCAGUAGCACCAACGUGCUGAUCAUCGGAGCAGGUGCUGCUGGAUUAGUUUGUGCAGAGACCUUAAGACAGGAAGGUUUCUCCGACAGGAUCGUCAUGUGCACAAUGGACAGACACUUACCCUAUGACCGACCCAAGCUAAGUAAGUCAAUGGAUUCCCACUUAGAUCAGAUCACCUUGCGCCCUAAGGAAUUCUUCCGUACAAAUGACAUUGAGGUCCUGACAGAAACACAGGUUGCGGCUGUGGACAUCAAGAACAAGAUAGCGGUGUUCAAGGAUGGAUUUAAGAUGGACUAUAACAAACUGCUGAUAGCAACCGGAAACACGCCCAAAGCCCUUAGCUGUAAAGGCAAAGAAGUUGAGAAUGUUUUCAACAUCCGAACCCCAGAAGAUGCCAACCGGGUAGUGAAACUGGCCAGCAGCAAGAAUGCAGUUAUAGUGGGAGCCUCUUUCCUUGGGAUGGAGGUGGCAGCCUACCUGACGGAGAAGGCCCAUUCCGUGUCUGUGGUUGAGCUGGAAGAAGUGCCUUUCAAGAAAUUCUUUGGGGAGAAGGUUGGCCAAGCUCUCAUGAAGAUGUUUGAAAACAACAGGGUGAAGUUCUACAUGCAGACAGAAGUGUCUGAGCUGCGGGAGCAGGAGGGCAAGCUUAAGGAAGUUGUCCUGAAGAGUGGGAAAGUCCUCCGUGCGGAUGUCUGUGUCAUCGGCAUAGGUGCAAGUCCGGCAACAGGAUUUCUGAAGCAAAGCGGCAUUAACAUUGAUUCCAAAGGCUUCAUUGUCGUUAACAAGAUGAUGCAGACCAACAUCCCAGGAGUUUUUGCGGCUGGUGAUGCUGUCACCUUUCCACUGGCCUUGCGUAACAACAAGAAGGUGAACAUCCCUCACUGGCAGAUGGCUCAUAUGCAUGGCCGCAUAGCCGCUCUGAACAUGCUGGCCCAUGGCACGGAGAUCAGCACCGUCCCGUACCUGUGGACGGCUGUGUUUGGGAAGAGCCUACGAUACGCAGGCCACGGGGAAGGGUUUGAUGAUGUCGUCUUUCAAGGUGAUUUAGAUGAACUGAAGUUCGUGGCAUUUUACACCAAGAAUGAGGAGGUGAUUGCUGUGGCUAGUAUGAAUUAUGACCCGAUUGUGUCCAAAGUCGCUGAGGUCAUGGCCUCUGGGAGAGCGAUCAGAAAACGAGAUGUGGAGCUGUUCAUUCGCCAUGGCAAAACUGGAGACAUGUCUUGGUUAACUGGAAAAGGCUCUUAA